GGAGCUCUCGGCACACGCGUUUCCAACUUCGGUUGGUGUGUGUCGAAGAACCCAGAAGAAUCCUGACGGCGACCUGAGGAAGGGAGCCCAUCCGAGGCGGUCCACCGGGCCUCGCCGAGGUCCGCUGCGCGACUGCGGUCCGGAGCUUCUCCGGACCGCGGUCACCAGUGGACCGUCGCGGGCCAGGUGUGGGACCCCGUCAUCCUUCCCGGCUGCGCAGAGGGGUCCUCGAGUGGUGAGUAUGCGGAAUAAGCGUGUUUUGAGAACCAGGAGGAGACGCCGACCACGAGGGGCCCAGAAUCCAGGGCACCCUCCCCAGAGUGAGGCAACACUUGGGAGGUCCCCUCCUACCACCACCAUGGCUACCGGGGGUUUCGACUGCCCGCCCCCUCCUCCUCCUCCUCCCCCCAACAACAACAACAACAACAACAGGCCCAAGAGCCCCUGCGUGCCCAACAACAACCAGCGCCGCCGCCGCCGCCAUGGUGAGAUCUCUGGAGAGAGCAGCGGCUUCAGAGAACAACAGGUGGUCAGGCCGACCAUGAGGAACAACAGCCUGCACACCCAGGUGGAGCUCUUCCCAGGCCACAACGGCAAUUUUGGCAAUUUUGGCAAUUUUGGCAAUUUUGGCAAUUUUGGCAAUUUUGGCAGUUUUGGCAACCUUGGCAAUCUUCGCAGUCCUCGCAGCCCUCGCAGUCCUCGCAGCCUUCGCAGCCUUCGCAGCCUCCGCAGCUUUCGCAACCUUCGCGAUCACAUGGAAGUCGAAGUUGAACCAGAACCUCAACACUUUCACUUCCGGUUCCGCCGAGAUGACAAUGACGAUGACCUUGCGCUCCAGGGUGCUGCAGCGGCUGCUGCUCCAACCAUCUUCUUUGACGACGACUGUCUUGAAUUCCUUCCUGAGAAGUUUGAUGGCAACCCUGACAAUCUGAAUUACUUCAUUUCCCAGUGCCAGACCUUCAUGGAGAGAUGCAACAGAGAUUUCUCUGCUGAUCGUAUCCGUGUAUGCUUCGUGACAAGCAUGCUGACCGGCCGAGCCGCCCGCUGGGCUUCUAUUAUGCUGGAACGAGCCAGUUACCUGAUGGACAACUACCGUGCCUUUAUGAUGGAGUUGAAGCAAGUCUUUGAAGACCCUCAGAGACGUGAAGCUGCCAAACGCAAGAUCAGACGUCUGCGCCAGGGCUUGGGAUCUGUUGCCGAGUACGCCAACUCAUUCCAGAUGGUUGCCCAAGAUCUGGAUUGGAAUGAGCAUGCUCUAAUUGACCAGUUCCUUGAAGGCCUCAGCGACGAAAUUCGUGAGGAGGUGUCUCGCCACGAGCUCCCAAACACCCUCUCUGCUCUGAUCAGUCUAUCCAUUCACAUUGAGAGAAGACAGGCCCGCGCUGCUGCUGCUGCUGCUGCUGCUGCUCGCAAGCCUCGACCUGAUCCACCCAGGGCCCUGGUGAUGCCUCAGAACCGCCAGUCUGAUCCUACUGAGCCCGUGGGAGGUGCCCGCAUGCGCCUGACCCAGGAAGAAAAAGAAAGACGCCGCAAACUGAACUUAUGUCUAUACUGCGGCAGUGGAGGCCACUACGCGGAUAACUGUCCAGCGAAGGCCUCCAAAAAUUCACUCGGGAAACUCCCCGGCCCCGCUGUAGAGGGACCUUCAGCGACCGGGCCAGACAGAAUAAGGUCCCCACCCCCCGAGGCUUCGACUCCGCACCUGCAAGUGAUGCUCCAGAUCCAUAUCCCGGGCCGACACACCCUGUUUGUCCGAGCUAUGAUUGAUUCUGGCGCAUCCGGCAACUUCAUCGAUCAAGACUACGUCAUCCAAAAUGGGAUUCCUCUAAGAAUCAAAGAAUGGCCAAUCAUGGUGGAAGCGAUAGAUGGGCAUCCUAUAGCCUCGGGCCCAAUUGUUCUAGAAACACACCACCUGAUUGUUGACCUGGGUGACCACCGAGAACUACUGUCUUUUGAUGUGACUCAGUCUCCGUUCUUUCCCAUUGUCCUGGGAAUUCGUUGGCUGAGCACACACGACCCUCACAUUACCUGGAGCACUCGCUCCAUUGUCUUCAACUCCGAUUACUGCCGAUUUCACUGCCGGAUGUAUUCCCAGAUACCUCCUGCUCUGCUGCUACCACCUUAUCCUCCACAUCCACCGUUCUUCUACCACGUGGAUGGAUACAGAGUUUUCCACCCUGUGAGGUAUUACUACGUCCAGAAUGUGUAUACACCUGUGGAUGAGCACGUCUAUCCGGGUCACCGGCUGGUUGACCCCCACAUAGAGAUGAUCCCUGGAGCUCACAGCAUUCCCAGUGGACAUGUGUACUCUUUGUCUGAAUCUGAAAUGGCUGCCCUGCGAGAAUUCGUGGACAGGAACGUGAAGAAUGGACUCAUGAUUCCGACCGUCGCUCCCAACGGAGCCCAGGUCCUGCAAGUGAAGAGAGGGUGGAAACUCCAAGUCACGUACAAUUGCAGAGCUCCACACAACUGCACAGUCCAAAAUCAGUACGUUCGCAUGACUCUUCCAAACAUGGCAGACCAUGCACACCUGGCAACCUAUGGUGAAUUUGUCCCUCACAUUCACGGGUACCACCACCAUCAUCACCAUAUCCCUGUCUAUGCCUACGCAGGUCAUCAGGUGAUGUUUGCAUGGCACCCAGUGGGACGAGAUAUACAUGGAAGAAUGAUCCUCACCCCGGUUGUGAUCACCUGGUGUCCACAUUGGUACCGCCAUCAUCCUCAUCCGGUACCCCAGUAUCCUCCUCCGCCGCCGCCGCCACCUCCGCCGCCGCCUCCUCCGCCGCCACCUCCACCACCUCCAUCCUACAGUACCUUGUAAAGACUGUCGUGACCUUCGGAGUGUCUCUGCCCUCAACUUUGACCUGUGCAGCUUCUCAAUCAAUGACUGUGUGCUACUGGAUCUUCAGACCACCUGAGGCACAAAGGCACGCAGGGCUAACGUCAGUUUUCCAUCUUGACUGCCAGUUAGUAAUUUGACAUCUCAAUUGCAGACUGGCUAAUUUCUUUACAGAGAAGCUGGUGCAAACACAGGACCUGCUGAUUUCUUACAGAGGGGAGGAGAGGAGGAGGAAGGACACGACCUGCCCGCAUCCUAGGACGGGCACCUUAUGAAGGAAGCCAGACUUUCUGGUGCAGCAUGGAAAGGCUUCCGUGAUUAACUUGCUGCACCCUCCGGAACUUCGCCGACUUCAAACUCCAUUCGUCUAACCUCUUUCUUUUUGUUUGAUUCUUACUGCUGCCAUUCACCCUGCUGCAGGAUUUGUCCCCUUCCUGCCAGACUGCUGAGACUCAGUCUCUAGUUCAGUUUGAGCAGUAGGACACAACAUGGAUUUUGUCUUCACGGUGAAGUUUCCUUUUCCAUCAACAGCAUCUCUCCCCUACCCUUGCAUGUUUAAGUAGUUUAGUAGAUUUUUUUUAAACAUUUUGUUUUCAAGUGUUGGCUAUGCUUUCAGAGUUUCCAUUGAAUUAGGAAGUACACAUACAAUCUAAAUUCUAUUAAUUGGGCCUUUAAAAUUCACAAAAAAGAGAUACAAUUGGAGGAACCCUGAUUGGCUGUUGAUUCCUGUUCAGUGGGACCAGAGAGCUCGCCAGUCAUCGUGUUUUACAUUAAUUACUUUUAAAUGGUGCAUUUGUGCUUCUGAUUUUUGUGAAGCGUCACUUCAGUUUACCUCAGAACUCACUCAGUUUUAUCCUUCAUGCGUUUUAAUUGAUUUGAUCUUCAAGCUGCAGAGUGCCUAGAAAUGGGCCAUCUUCUGCAGCCCUGGCAUAGACACACGGACAUUUGCCACCACUGCAAGCAGAUAUCUGGAGAAGCUGACCAUGACAGUCAGGGAGAACAUGCUGGUGUGGGCCCACAGCUCACAGACAACAGCCCUGACACACACUGGAUUGUUUUGUGAAGCUUGCUUAAUGACUUUUGGCAGUGUGUACUAUGCCCUAUUCCUAUAUACUAGCUAUAAGGGUUAAGUGUUAAGGAUAAGUACUCUUCAAUUUACUGGAAUUUUGUUAAGUUUCCUUUUAGUUUGUUAAGUUGUUAAGUUUCCUUUUAGUUUGUUAAGUUGUUAAGUUUCCUUUUAGUUUGUUAAGUUGUUAAGUUUCCUUUUGUUUUUCUUCUGUUGAUCAAAUUUACAUUAAAUGUUCCUUUUUUUUUCUUUUAUUUGGCAUUUCCAACAAAAAUGCCCUUAUUCAUUUAUUAGGAAGGAAAGAUAAGUUGGAAAAGGAGGAAAAUACAAACUGACAAAAUUAACUAAUUGGCUAUGGGCCCAAAUUUUAUUUUUUCAUUAACAUCAUGAAGGGGUCAGUUUGGUUUGAACCAGGAGGCAUUUGGCUGAGAUGCUAAUUUGAGAGGGGCAUCUGUAUGGUGCCGUCUAGAGUUGUGUUUAAGUUUGCAGGUACCUCUUGGACUCCUGAACUGAUCUGGCUGUCGCGCAUCAUCAGCAUCCUGCAUCCCACACAGUUCCGAGAUUGGCAAUGGAGAGCACCCUGUUGGAGAGGCCUGAACAUUCAUGAAGGACCACCUGCAGAAGAGAAGAGUCUGCAGGAACCACGCUACAUAUUCAGCUGGAGAGGGAACACGCAUCUGAUGGGAAUGGAAGCUUUUGGUUGUUUCAGAUUGUAGAACAUUUUUGAGUUGGUCUUGAACAUUGUAUUGUUUUUCUUUUUUUUUUUUCUAUAGUCAAGUAAUAGGGGAUACAUAGUCAUUAAGAAUUUUAGGCUGGGAGGGAUUAUUAAGUAAUCUUAGGUGGGUGGGUAAGUUAGGAUAAGUUAGGAUAAGAUAGGAUAAGAUAGGAUAAGUUAGGAUAAGUUAGGAUAAGAUAGGAUAAGUUAGGAUAAGUUAGGAUAAGUUAGGAUAAGAUAGGAUAAGUUAGGAUAAGUUAGGAUAAGUUAGGAUAAGAUAACAAUAAGUGGACGAGUGUACUUAUUUGUCCCUCUUACCCCUCCCUACAAUUUUACCUUUAAAAUUCUACUCUGAGGGAACUGCAGGGAAAUCAACAUUCUAUGAGCGAAUUAGACAUGGAUAGAAUUCUAGUGAAAGUUCAAAGAUGAUUAGAUCAGUGUAAUAAAGGCCCAGGAAUUAUCUCCAGGGAUAGAUUGUGAGUAAAACUUUGAGAGGCAUAUUUGCAAAACUGUUUCUGGAAUAAAACUUGUAAUGCUGAAUGAUAAAUAUUCAUGGAAAUUAUGAGAAUGUAAUGAAUAAAAUCUCUUGUUCUUUCCUUGUCAGUAGCCCUCCUCCCCUCCCUUCCCUAGCCCCACCCUUUCUUCCCUUCCCCUUCCCAACCCCACCCUUCAAACUAUAUUACUGUAUUCUCUUUACUAUAUUGAUGUUACAAUAAAAAUUCAAUAAAUAAAGACUUAGUGGUUAAGGCAAA